AGUGGGGUGAACCCCGUUCUGCUGCGCCGCUGCCCCCGCCUGCCCCCCAACUUCCCGCUCAGCAACGCCACCGUGGCGGCCAGCCUGGGCCCGGGGACCUCGCUCGACACCGAAAUGCAGGUCAGGGAUCCUAAAAUCCCCAAAAAACAUUGUCAUUGUCACUGUCACUGUCCCCAGGCCACCUCGGUCGGCCGCCGGGGGACGCUGGCGCUGGUGGCCCGGGCCACGCUGUCCCUGCGCUACCACGAGCUCUGCGUCCCCGAGGACGUGGCCGAGCGCGGCGUUGGGGACAUCCCCGGGUACCACUACAGGGACGACGCGCUGGACAUCUGGACAGCCCUGCAGAGCUAUGUCCAGGGGGUGGUGGCCCUGUUCUACGGAGGUGACAGUGACGUGGCCGAGGAUGAGGAGCUGCAGGAAUGGGUGGGAGAAAUCUUCACCUACGGCGUCCUGGGCAACGCGGACACGGGUAGGGGACACCGGCUCCUCCUGGCCGAGCUCCGGACGCGCCUCGGGGCGAUUUCCCAGCGGAUUCGGCGCCGGAACGCGGAGCUGGAGCUGCCCUACCCCUACCUGGACCCGGCCGUGGUGCAGGAGAGCAUCUCCAUCUGAGUGACCAGAGUGACCAUGGGGAGUGACCACGGGGAGUGACCAUGGGGACAUCUGAGUGACCGGAGUGACCAUCUGAGUGACCAGAGUGACCACGGGGACACUGGACAGGAGAGCAUCUCCACCUGAGUGACCACAGUGACCACGGGGAGUGACCACAGUGACCAGAGUGACCACGGGGAGUGACCACGGGGAGUGACCACGGGGAGUGAC